UCUCUGUCUGCACAAACCCACGAUUCCUUCUCCCCAAAGGACUCGCAGAAAUUACUAUUUAUCAUUUUGACCGUCUACUCUAUUGGUUGGUGUACUCUAACGGAAUCAAUGUCAGGCAACAAGUGGGUGGUGAAAGGAACAACUAACAAGCUGUGAUUGUCUGCAAUUUUCUAGGCGCUCUGCUGCUGCAACUACUACUACACGCUGCUUGCUUCAUAGGGGAGCGUUAUGGAGUGGAAUAUGAAAGCAGCGUCGUGGGAUUUGGCUGAAUUAGAUGAAGCAGCAGGCUUACCCAGCAUAGAAACAAUUGAUGGGUCAAGCAGAUUUGGGAGUGAUAGAAGUAAAGGGGAAUUUUCCGUGGAUUUGAAGCUUGGUCAUGUGGGGAAUUCUAGUAAUGAACCAGCACUUGCCAAAUGGAAAGAUGUUGCAGGAGUCUCCAAAGUGAUGACAUCUUCUUCAUCGUCUCCUUCAGGAUCAUCUAAGAGAGCUCGAGCAAUUAACAAUGGAACCCAGAAUGUGUCAUGCCUUGUCGACGGGUGCAAUUCAGAUCUUAGUAAUUGUAGGGACUAUCACCGGCGCCAUAAGGUCUGCGAACUGCAUUCUAAGACUCCAGUGGUCACAAUUGGUGGUCACAAGCAAAGGUUCUGUCAACAGUGUAGCAGGUUUCAUUCGCUGGAGGAAUUUGAUGAAGGGAAGAGAAGUUGCAGGAAACGCUUAGAUGGACACAACCGACGGAGGAGGAAGCCGCAGGCAGAAGGAGUUGGGAGAUCUGGAAGCUUUUUGUCCAAUUACCAAGGCGCCCACUUGUUGCCCUUCUCAAGCUCACACGUGUAUCCUUCCACUGCCAUGGCUCACCCUGCUUGGAAUGCAGAUGUCAGGCUCCACCAAAACCCUCAUCAUCAUCAUCACCACCAACACCAACACCAGCAACUCCAUCAGCUGGUUGAUCAUAAACAGGACCUCUUUCUGGGAGCUUCAUCGUCAUCAUCCUCCUAUGCAGAAGGGAAUAAUAACAACAACAUUAAUGUUAGCAAACAUCAGUUAGCAUUCUUGCAAGGUGAUGACUCGACAGCAUUGGAGAACAACCAGAGUAACAAUCAUCAGCAAGCUCUCCCGCCGCAUGGUUCUGUGUGCCAAACGUUUCUGAGAGCCACGCCGUUACCGCCGGCAGCUCCACUUGCCGGCGAGCACCCUGAUUCUCACUGUGCUCUCUCUCUUCUGUCAUCCCCACAGACGCACACAAGUGGGAGUGGUUUGAGCCAAAUGGUGCAGUCUCAUCAACAAGCCAUGUCGAUUAUGCAGCAGCAACACCAGCCCUUGGGACUGAGCCUGCAUGAUCAUGGUCUGGAGACGGUGGACCCGGUGUUGGUUCACCAUGGGAGUGACGAGUGUCCGACUAUGUAUAACAUGAAUGAGGCCCCUCCAUUUCCUUUUCAGUGGGGAUAGAGAGAGAUUCUUUUCCUGAGGAUUGAUUCCUCUUGUGGCUCCAAAAGGGUUAUUCUAUAGAACGGCAAUCACGAACUAUUUGAUUGUUGCUUUUUUCAUUUUAUCAAGAGAAGGAAUUAAUGAUUUA